GCCGUUGUCACCACGCAUCCUCGAUCCAAAGUCACUUGCUCUGUUCCUGAUCCCCAUUUCACAACCCUUUUCCCCCGCAUUUCCAGUCAUCACAGCGCAACAUUGCAUCGAGCGGGUCAGCUGUUUAAGCACCAUCACUAUCACUACCAAUCACCCAACGCCAACCUCAUUGCUGCAGCCCUCUUCGUCUCCCCUCUGCAUCUGACUCCACCUUAAACGCGACAUCCCAAGCGCGACCUCCUUCGUCGCCGUCAUCGCCCAUCGUCGCGAUGGAUCCUCGCAACUUCUUUGGUGGCGGCGGGGAUCACCAACAGCAACAGCAACAGCAACAAUACCAGCAUGGCGAUCUUCCGCCUGAGCUGCUUCAGUGGCACCAGCAGCAGCAGAAUCCCCACUUCCCGCAGCAACAGCCAAUGCAGUCGUAUGCCACCUUUCCCUCCAUCUUCCAGCAACAGCAACAGCAACAGCAACAGCAAGAGCCUUUCAUGCAACAGGACUCGGCCUCGCCCACGUCGCUCACGCAGGUGGAGUCAUCAUCGACGUCAUCGCCCUCGGCUUCAAAUGCUGGCCCACCGAAGAAGGCGAGCCAGGCAGGGCCCGUACGCUCAAAGACCAAGAGCGAAAAGGCAUCCAAGGAUACGACGGCGGAUGCAGCAGGUUCAGGAGGAGGAGCGAGCGGCGGCGACGAAUCGUCCAAGGCUGGUUCAUCCAAGGCAGGCGCAGGUGGAGCGUCAGGCAAGUCUGCGCCCUCGAGAUGCAAUGGCCAACAGCCAUGCCACAACUGCAUCAAUCGCGGCAGAGAAGACGACUGCGUCUACACACCUAAGCCCAAUCAGUCGCAGGAAGAGGCUAAUCUCGAGCAACAUCUCAAGCGGCUCUUCAACCUCUCGCAAAUGCCGUCCCAACUCCUUGAGGCACAGAGGGAGCAGGGUGCCCAGCAGUUCAGCUCCGCUUCUCCUUCGCAGCAACCUCAGCAGCAGCACCAGCAGCAGGCGCCACCCGCGAUGCCCUUGGCUGGUUCGCCUCUCAGUCCAAUACCCAUGGUUCCACAGUCACCGAGCGGCAGCAGCCAUUCGUGGGAUCCCAUGGCCGCAUUCUAUGCUGCCAAUCUUGGCCAGUCGCCCUUCUCCACGGGCUCAUCUGCCGUUCCGCAGCAGCAUGGCGUCAUGUCUCCCACUAUGGGCGGGCCAAUGUCACCGUGGUCUAUGGACCUCUCUGGCUCCGCAGCCACUCCAGUGACUGCCCCACCUCACGCAGUCCCUGGAAGCUUCGCCGGCACCUUGGCCGGCGGAGGCGGUGUUGCAGGCGGCGAUCACCUCUACCGCUUCUUGCCCGUCUUCCUUCCUCCGGACCCUGAGUCGCCAUUCAUUCUCUCGUUGCAGGCCAUCCUCCCUCUCCUCUCACACGGCGAGGCGCACGAGGACGCCGAGAACGCUCAGGUUUCAUCAUCCAGCAGUGCCAGCGUCGGCGCCGACCGCAAGCAGCAACUCCUGCAGGUUGCCGCCUUUUACGAGCGCAGGGCGAGUGAAGCGAUUGAAGCUGUACUGGAACGGGCAGAAGGGCAUUUGGCAAAUGGCAAGACGGACAGUGUUACCAGCCAGGGGUCCACGCUUGGCGUCAUUCAGGCGUUGGCUGUUCUCUGUGUCUACCACUACGGCAGCGGUCGAGCACUCAAGGCUCGGCUCAAAGCGGAUCAGGCGCUUGGCCUCUGCAUGGCUAAAGGUCUGCACCGCCUCAAGCGACCAGAGAGCGGUGACUUUAGCUCCUCCUCCUCAUCGAGCUCCAUUCCCGCCACCAAAUCCAGCUUCGUUGCCCCGGACAACGAUCCCUUUGGUCACCAAUCCCUCUUCAUGGACAUGCCUGAUGUCGUUCUCUACGAGAUGCAGAAGCGUGUAUGGUGGACCUGCUGGUCUUCCUCGCUCUGGUGCGCGUACAACACGGCCAUCGUGCCGACGAUUCGCGCCGAUGAUCCAAGAGUCAGGACGGAGGUGCCUGCUACUUCUGACUCGGGGGCGUGGGCUGCGAACGUCAAGAGCUUGCAGCUGUUGCUACUCAUCCAGGAGAGGGUGCUCGCGCUCAGCAAUGGCAAGGAGCUUGACGAAGGCGGCAGUGGAAAUGGCAACGGCAGCAGCAAUGGUGGUGGCCAGCACACACGAGACGAAUCCAAGUCCUCGACGUACGCCCCCUCAUCCAAUGGGGGCGAUGCCGCUACGCCCACCAACAGCUCAAGCACAGCGGAGCCGGCCUUCCAUUCCCUUCCGAGCAAUGCCACGCGCCAAGACAUUCUUGAUAGCAUGAUGGACAUCGACCGCAAUCUGCAAGCUCAGAUCGCGGCCAUCGAGUCGGACGAGUCUGCCUUCAAGCAGCUCUGCGAGGAGCCAGAGGCUAUAGCGAGCAGCGUGGUUGGGCGAGGAGACUACAAGGGCGGGGACGACUCGCCUGAGGCUCUCUCGCGUCGCUUAGAGAAGCAGCUUGUGGCCUACCUGCGCCGCUCUGCUGCCAUACAGGUGUAUACGAGUUCUCUAACGCUGCAUCUUGGCCAAGCAUUCCAAGGUGCCACCCUCUUCGAGCGCAAGUUGUGCUUUCUCAACACCAUUGGCGAGAACGACUCGAGCGCGGCUUGCCAGGUACCGAUGCCCGACUCCUUUUCUGCCGCAUUCAGUUCGGCGCAAGGAGGAGGUGAGGAAGAGGCAGCCAAAUCAGCAGUCGCAACCGCGGUCAGCAAUGCCGCCCAGGCGAAUGUGGCUACUGCAAGCACGCAGGACCUCUUCGCUCGCGGCCCCUUCCUCCCUCGCGAGUCAUUGGAUCGAUGCGUGCAUGCGUCGAAGCGGCUCCUCGAGAUUGCAAGACAUCGUCGCGGCCCUACUACGCCCUCGAAAGAGGGGGAGGUCAAGCGCGAAGAUGGUACAGCAUCAGGAGGCGACGCUGAUGCCGCCAAGGCAGCUGCAGCUGCAGGCUUGAGUGAGCCCAAUCCAUUCAAUGCGUGCAGCUUCGUCCUCAUCUCGUUCACGCUGCUCAUGCAGGCUUUGGCGGUUAGCAGCGGGAGUCAGGAUGCGACAGGUGGUGGAGAAGAGGAGGUUGGGAAAGGCGAUCAAGAUUACGCGGGGAGCGACAUGGACGAGGGCGAGGGUCAAGGAGGCAGCUUUGCGUACACCGCCGACGCGGCCGGCAACGAAGCGGGCCCAGACAGCGACUUUGACAUGGAUGAGUUUCUCUCCUCCACCAACAACGAGGACGGCCCGCCUUCGAUCUCAGCAGCUGAUGACAACGACUUCGCGAGCAGCGGUCGUCGCCCCUCGAAUCAAGGCCGCUCCCACUCUUCAGCGGAUGUGGAUGCCUUUUCCCGUGGGCUACUCCAAUCUGCACAAGGAGCGGCGGCGCUCGGUGGUGGAGGAGGCAGUGCGGUGGCCAGUGGCUCAGGCACGCCUUUGCAGGGCUCAACACAGCCGCAACAGACAAGACGCUCCCUCCGGAGCCUCCUCCCUACCCUCUGCCGCCGAGCAGGGCGAUUCCACCUCCUCCUCAGCAGCUCAACGUCGUCGUCGUCGCGAGAAGCUACGCGAGAUCUGGUCGCGCGUAUCAGAGGCGCACUGUACGCUCCUCGGGCUCAGUCGCUACUGGAAGAUGGUCGAGCCCAUGGCCGACGAAGUGAGCUUGUGCUUGGAGACGAGCAAGAUGCUAUUGAUGCAGUAAGGCCACCAAGUCUGCGGUUAGACGGGCAGCGUAUUUUGGGUUUUCACAUCGAUCAGUUCGUAUACAGUCAAUACAACACCGUCAUUGUUCGUCAUCUGACUCUGCUGCGAGUCUGUUUUGGGGCGUGCGAACUCGAAUGAAGAGCAGAAAGGAAGAGCAUCGUAGUGCUCGGUAUCAUUGAAAGGCAAGCGAUGAAAAGAAGAGCAAGCAAGAAAAGCGCGGAUGGUCGUGAUGGUUGAUCAUGAAUGCGAGAGAGGCAUGAUCAUGAAAAAGUGCUUGUGUAUCGUAUGCAAGGAGCAGGCGUCGCUGAGCCAGUGAGGUUGAGGAGGUGACGAGUAGGCCAAGACGAGAGUGAAACCGGAAAAAGACGAUGAUGCGCCGUCACGGCGAGGUCAUCUCGUCUUCUUGGCGCCAAUCUACAGGAAUCCGCUCUCAGCCAACAACCUGCCCAACCUCUCGUCCUCCCUCUCUCGGGGCUCGAUACUCAAACUCUGCUGGUAGAGUUCGGUGUCUCCCCUACUCUCC